UCCAUAGGUAGCAGCGUCACAGCGCGGCGCGUACCGUCAGAAAUCAAGCAGAGUGCACGUGUGUACGCGAAAAAAAAACACAUCAAAUUUCUAAUGAUUGUACUCAUGUACCCCCUGCUGUGACCAGUAGAUCGUGAUCGACAGAUUGGAGGCGCCUGUUUUAGGUAUAUUUGGUACGGAAGAGCGCAGAUACUUUCAGAAGCGCAGGACAGGACGGGAGUGACGAUAAGUCAGCUGACACGUGCAGUCACGUGAUUCUGCAGGAAGCCCGCGAUGCCUGACUAGCCUAUUGAAGGUCUACAGAAGAUCCGCCUUCUCGGCUGCAGGAUGGUACAAAGGCUGACAGAGAGUCAGCUGACAAGUCAGACACGUGAUUCUGCAGGAAGCCCAUCAACAUCUCAGUCAAAACUGGUUGCUCUGCAGAAGAUUAGCAGAAGAUCCCCCGGCAUUUGAAGUCAACAUGGCCUGGACGAAGUACCAGCUGCUGCUGGCUGCUAUGAUGCUCGUCACCGGCUCCAUCAACACGUUGUCCGCCAAGUGGGCUGAUAACUUCUCAGCGUCGGGGUGUCAUGGUUCUCCCUCGCAUACCUUCUCCCACCCCUUUCUACAGGCUGUGGGCAUGUUCCUCGGGGAGUUCAGCUGCCUGGCCGUGUUCUACAUCCUGCUCUGUCAUGACCGCCGUGCCCCCGAGCCCAAGAUGAAUGCUGGCCGUGCCUUCAACCCCCUGCUCUUCCUGCCCCCAGCGGUCUGUGACAUGUUGGCCACGUCCAUCAUGUAUGUCGCCCUGAACAUGACCAGCGCCUCCAGCUUCCAGAUGCUGCGUGGCGCCGUGAUCAUUUUCACCGGGCUGCUGUCCGUGGCCUUCCUGGACCGCCGCCUGGUGGCCAGCCAGUGGGCCGGCAUCUUCAUCACCAUCCUGGGUCUGGUCGUGGUGGGCCUGGCGGACUUCGUCAGCGGACAGAGGGACGACACGCACAAGCUCAACGACGUCGUCACGGGCGACCUUCUCAUCAUCAUGGCUCAGAUCAUUGCUGCCGUACAGAUGGUCCUGGAGGAGAAGUUUGUCUACAAGCACGACGUGCAUCCCUUGCGGGCGGUCGGGACUGAAGGACUAUUUGGCUUUAUCAUCCUCACCAUUCUGCUGAUCCCGAUGUUCUACAUCCCCGUGGGGGACUUCAGCAACAACCCCCGACGCGUCCUGGAAGACGCGCUGGACGCCUUCUGCCAGAUCGGCAACCAGCCCAUGAUCGUGCUGGCGUUGCUAGGCAACAUCAUCAGCAUCGCCUUCUUCAACUUUGCCGGCAUCAGCGUGACCAAGGAGAUCAGCGCCACCACGCGCAUGGUGCUGGACAGCCUCCGCACCGUCGUCAUCUGGGUGGUCAGUCUGGCCGUGGGCUGGGAGCAGUUCCAUGGGCUGCAGGUCCUGGGCUUCAUCAUCCUCCUGGCCGGUACAGCGCUUUACAAUGGCCUCCAUCGCCCCCUGCUGGCCAAGCUGCCCUGCUACACCGCAGAGGAGAGCGGCGGCAGCUCUGAGAGAUCGGGGCUCCUAGGUAACGGGGACAAUGAAGAGAGCUGACCUUCUGGUGGGACAGCGCGGUGAACGAGAAGCUGCUUCAAACUGCUGCCUGUCAGCCUGUCUGAAGGGACUCCCUCAGUUUUUGUAUCAGGUUUUUGUCCCGGUUUAAUUUACAGGAAAUUAUAGGUAUCACACGCAUUUCUUUUUGUCAUGACAGUGUUCUUCUAAAUAAGGGAAAAUGGUCUUUUUAAAUCCAAAAUCUGCCACCUUGCCAAGUUGGUUGAAAAUAACACUAUUUCAAAACUGCAGUUUGGCAUGGUACUUCUGACAGGGAAAACCCUGACAUGGUAUUUUAACUGAUGCCGGCAAUGUCUUCAUUUUUGCAAACUCCCCCCAGAUCUGUGCCUUUUACCCUUAGUUACCAUGUUGUCUGUAGGAGAGUGUUUCGCCAUGUCUUUAAAAACAGAAUUUUAUAUUUGGUUUGUACAUCGUUGAUAUGCUCAAUGCCUUGGUCACUGAAAUAUCUUCCAGUUCACAUAUGUGUAUGUCGUCUAACUUAACAUUCGUGUUUUAAUUGAGACACCUUGUAAUGGGUGACGAUGUCAUGAUGACGUCUGCAGGAUCUCCUAAAGGUAAAAACAAUCCGGACCCAAUAGCCAGGGUAUGAUUCAUGGCUUGAGUAUCGUGUCGUGGGGAGAGUUUACUGGGCCAGUAAUGGGAAGAUUAAUAGGAAACGUUUUCUCUUUUUUUUUUUUAACAAACCGUGUGGCUCUUUAUGCUGUUAUUAGGACAGAACGGGUUUGUUGACACACACUCUGGGUGACUUCGCAUAUGUUGGCGCGGUGCUCACAAUGGGGGGGGUGUGGUGCUGGUUGAGAGGUCACCUACUCGGCGAUCUGCCUUCCUUUAAGCCUUGUUGGGUUAAUGACACUGAACUGUAUCAGGCUCCCCUGCCUGCAUUCAGAAUAGCACAGAGAUUUAAUUGUUGACACUGGGAAUUCGGUUUGGUUCAGUUCUGCAGGGAUGAUGUGAAACUAAACCCAAUCCAGUCACGCAGUUUAAGGACUCAAUCUCCAGUUUUUUAAAUUUUUGUAAUUUUUUUUUUUAAGUAAUUAAGCUGCUGGACUAGCAAAUGUAAGGAUUGUCCAAUAGGAUUGUCACUUGCCACUCCUGCUAUUGGUUUGGUUUCAGUCAUCCAGCUAUCUGGAUCUGCUUUGUGGAAUCCCCCUCAGCUCUAUUCCCUUCAGUAACACCCAAACCGAAGACUUAAUCCUGCCUGUGUCACCUGUGCCUAUACCAGUCACCCCAGUGCACAGCUACACCCUGGUCUAAAGCAUUUAGCAUGGUUCUGUUCUUGGCGUAAAUACGUAUAUGCUUAACAAAUGCUUCCAUUUAGGCUGAGCCCUGUAAUGUAUCUUGGAGAUUAAGAAUGAACAUUUUCAUUGAAGCAAUUUACCAAGUCAAGAAGGGAUACAGCAAAGGUCAUUUUCCAUCAUAUUCCAUCAUUGUAGCACAUUUAGUAUUUGGUUAGCACAUUUUGUAAUGAUAUAUUAACUCUAUUACAUUAUGCAUAUUGAGAUAACGCUGGAAUCGCACUGCAUGGUUUUUAUCGCCAUUAACACAAGUCAUUCAAACAUCCAUCUUCCAGCCGCUUAUCUUAGGCUCGCGCGGUAAUGCAGAUCAUGACGGUAUUACUGCUUAUCGCAACAUAAAAGCACGAAAGUAACUUGAGGUACGAAGGGGUUGCUGCUUUGCCCAUAAAGACGCCGGUAAAUGGGCCGAAUAGCUGCAUGUAGUCUGUGUGAUGUCACAUGACAGCGAGCGGCUUUAAAAAGCUAAAUGGAGCAACAUCAUUAAAGCGCCCAUCGCGUAAACACAAGACAAUACAUUUUCCGCGUAAAUUACGUGUGUUUGACAGUAAACGUUUUGGGAAGAUGUCUCUGCUCCGAAUGUGUGUAGUGCCUCCAUCGGUCUACUGUCACGGGCUUGUUUGUCCUGGGAAGCGAUCCAAGGUUAAAUUCUGGACAAUUUCACAUUCCGGGAUCUAAACAUAUUUCUGACUGCAAGGCAUGUGUCCAGAAGAGGAGCAGAUGGUGGAGAUAUUGAGAGAUACGAGACAUUCAUUACUUUUAGUACGUUGUCUUCAGUUCAUCACUGACUGCUUGGUUAUUUUAUUUUAAAACGUUUUGCGUGUGUCCGUGUCUGUGUGUGUUUUCCCUUUAUAUACUAUAAUCGAUCAUUUUUAACUAAUGCAUUUUAUGACUUCAUGAAUAUAAAUAAAAAUGUUUUUAUUGUUUUGUUUUUUUAUGAAGAAGUAAUUAAACUGGGGAACUAGCAUCGCUCAAAUAGCCUGUCCUGAUUUUCAAUAGGCGUAUAUAAUUCUAUUUGCACGUUCAACGUAUUUACGGUAAAUACGACAUGAAACCAUUUUAAUCGUUCUAUAAUUAGUUUUAAUAAUUUAUUAGGCCUACCUCAUAUGUCGAGUUCUGUAUUCUGUGUCCAGUACGGUUCAAUAUCAAUCAAAAUAUCGACAUCCCUUUUUGUUAAACGUAUUAAACAGACGGAGAAUGUUUAAAUCACAGUGACCAAAUAAAGGAUAUGAAAUUGCCUCA